AACUAUUUGCACUUGGGUAGUCAUGGCCAUGUGCACAGUGACGGUAGAAAUGCACCACGUAAACAGACUUGCUGCUAACUUUGUCAGUACAACUUUUGGUGAGCGCGGGGAGAAAGCGUGUGAGGGGCGGAUCCCUGCUGUGUCCCUCCGUUGAAAGACAGCCAAUCGUUUCUUAGCUCGAGCUGUCAGUCUGCAGACGCCGACCAAUGCCUGCAGUGCCAUUUCUAAACUCAAUUCCCCACUGUGUUCUCCAACUGUUGUAUGUUCUGCCAAUCGCUUGAGGACAGAGUGGGAAAAGGAACAAGCGGAGUUAGAGGCAGGACAAAAGAAGUUCUAUAGACCGUUAUAAACAUAUAGUUAUUAAUGUUUUGGAAGGCGUGUAGUGGGAAAAAUCAACACGAGUGAGCGUGGAUGGACAAGGCUAUAUAGAUAUGGAGCCCCCUUUGAGCAAGAGGAAUCCGGUUCUAAGAUUAGCGGAUCUGGCAGCGACUCAAACCCACCCUCAUCAGAAUAUGACAGGCUUCCAGGGGCUCGGGGGGCAUCACCCUCACCCCCACCACGCUCACCUACACCCUGGGGAAAUGGGCAGCGACCCGGGAGUGGCGCUCACUCCGUUUGGACCAGAGCACAUGGCUCAGACUAAUACUCUAAAAUUUAGUCCAUCUCAAUCCAUGCAAAGCCACCCCGAAGCCCAGACAGCGGCAGCUUUUGGUUCUCCUCAGAGCACAGUGGGCUUCCCCGUGGCUCACCCCCACUCAGGCUACACUUCCAGCAGGGACUACAUCCUCAGGAGAGAACUCUCAGCCUCCACUAUGCACGCACUUGGCGACCAGCAUAGUUCCGCCUCCCCUCACCACCAUGGCGUGUUUAUUUCCACAACAGGUGCUUACGGCCACACGGAGAGUGGUGCCCAUCCUCUUUUUACCGGACUUCACGAGCAAAGCACCCCAGGUGCCCAUCACUCUCUUAACGGGCAGAUGCGCUUGGGUCUUGCAGGGGACAUUUAUGGCAGGCCUGAACACUUCAGUCACAGGCCAGAACAUUAUGGACCGUCCACACUGCACGGCUACAACUCCAUGAACUUAAAUGUGAACAUCGCGGCCGCAGCUCACGGAGCCGCGGGGGCGUUUUUGAGGUACAUGAGGCAGCCCAUCAAGCAGGAGUUAAUCUGCAAAUGGAUUGACCAAGAGCAAACUUCAAAGAAGCCUUGCUCGAAAACUUUCAGCACCAUGCACGAGCUGGUUAACCAUGUCACGGUGGAGCACGUCGGGGGACCUGAACAGAGCAGUCAUGUUUGCUUUUGGGAGGACUGUCCAAGAGACGGAAAAGCUUUCAAAGCAAAAUACAAACUGAUCAAUCAUAUACGAGUUCACACUGGAGAAAAGCCUUUUCCGUGUCCUUUCCCAGGAUGUGGCAAAGUGUUCGCUCGCUCAGAAAAUCUGAAGAUUCACAAAAGGACACACACAGGAGAGAAGCCUUUUAAAUGUGAGUUUGAUGGCUGUGACAGAAAGUUUGCCAACAGCAGUGACAGGAAGAAGCACUCUCAUGUCCAUACCAGUGACAAACCUUAUUACUGCAAGGUGAGGGGCUGUGACAAAUCUUACACUCAUCCUAGCUCCUUAAGGAAGCACAUGAAAGUUCACUGCAAGUCUCCUCCACACCCUUCUGCUAAUGCAACAUCUGCAUACCAGCCUUCGUCCCUUCCUCAUGGAGGUCCAAUCUCACCAACUACAGACUCACCCAGGAGUCGAUCUACCACUCUUUCACCACAAGUCACUAAUAUCAAUGAGUGGUAUGUUUGCCAGGGCAGUGGCACUCAUGUUGGCCUUCACACCCCUUCUACUGAAGCACCAACAUCUGAUUCUGAAGAUGAAGUGUCUUAUAGGAGUACAGAUCCAAGAACUAUGCUUUGAUAAUGACUUUUUAUACAAAAAAAUGUCUGUGACUUUCUGAGAAUAUGUGCUUAUAUGAGUGUGUAUGUGUGAAUAUUUCCAUAUUGGUUGUUUAAGUAAAUACUUCCAGUGAAGAAUGAGGGUUAUGACAUAUUUACAGUAAUGGACCAUAUAAUGAUAAUAAUCUGGAAAAAAAUUAUGGAAAGACAAUAUUUGUCUUUUUGUUUAGCUUCGUGUACAGUUCCCAUAUUUACUAUUAUUGUUGUCUAUCAAAGACAGCUUACAAUCAAACUGAGCAGUGCAAUAUUAAUAAUUUCCUAAUUAAGCUAAAGAAAAUGUGUUAUACAAAAUUAUCUGAGAACACAUGGUUAAAUAUUGAAAUUCAGAUCCUUCUGAUCCAUCGUUAACAUGUACACCUCCACCCCACAUACACACACACACACUCACACACCUCCACAACACUGAAAUGGAACAAGCGGGUUUGAGAAUGCUAGGUUUUUUUUUUAUAUAUGUAUCCAUGUCUGCUAUAAAACAACUGAAAGUUAUGUAAAAGGAAAUAAUAGUGCAAGCUAGGAAAUAAACUCAACAAGCAGUAGUUUUUUUUACUGAUGUUGCCCAUGUAUUUGGGUUAGACCUCUUCCACUUCAUUUUACUCAGUAUGCCAUUUAAUGUCAAAUGACAAAAUAUCCAAUGAAAUGUAAAAAAGCCCAACAAAAUUACUUUUUAAAAUAUAUUUUCCAUCAAUGGCACAUGGAUAAUUAUUGUAUCAUGUUAGGAGAAAAUUAACUUUAUGCAAAUGUUUCAAAAUUUAAAUAUACUUAAGUGUACGAAUUUCUCUUCAGAGAUCAAACCUUUACAUGACAGUAUAUGUAUAUAAUAAGAUUGGCUGUACAUUGUUCACAUAUUACCUAAUGUUACUGUUUAUUGGUAAGACGUAAUUUAUUUGCUGAUGUAACAUUGUCCUACAGAUGCACCAAAGAGGUAUAAUAUUCAUUUGGUGGAACUUUGUGAUGUUUUUUUGUGGUUUGGAAAAGAAUAUAUAUGUAUGUACAUAUAUAUAUAUAUAUAAAUAUUUUUUCUUUUUACUUGAAUGAAUUUUGUAAUGUUAAAUUAAGACUCUCCUUUCGCAUGCCUAUGUACAUCUAAUGAACUAAAAGAGUCAUAUUAAAAGUGCAUGGUACUGUUGGUUUGGGAAGAAAAAGACAGCUGUGGACUGUGAAGAUUCUUUGUGGUUUAACUGGUUUUGUGUUAAACUUGAAUAAAAUUGAAUCUGCCCCUUAAA